UAGAAACAGAGAAGUUCAAUUGAAAAGGCUUGCUACUUAUGUAUGUGUUUUGCUUUUUGAUGUUGGAGUAGCUCUGUAUUUUUCAAACUCAGGUAAUUAUUAUAAUCUCCGUUUUGUGCAAUUGUGCUUCUUCAUUUUCAUUUUCUUUUUCUUUUAAAAAUGGAGGAUAAACAGACGAGCAAAAAAUUAUAAUUCAUGUUUUGGGUGCUUUUGGUUUUCACCGAAUGAAAUAUUGGCUGGUGUUUUAAGAAAGCUGAAGGUGGAUUUCUGUUGAAAACAUGGAAGAAAUGCAAAUUUUGAUCUGGGUUUUUGCUGGAAGAUGAAUAAAAGAAGGAUCUUCAAUUCGUGAUUGAAGUAGAAGUUAAGCAAAGAAGAAAUCUUGAUUUUGAUCGAAAAUGGAGACACCAGCAACCGAGCAGCCAAGGGUUAAAGCUCCUAGGAAAAAGAUGACCAAACAGUUAACCGGAAAACGGGAAGAUACACCCCUACAUUCUGCAGCAAGAGCUGGAAACCUUGCAGUGGUGAAAGAAAUCCUUGCCGGAGCAGGGGAGAAUGCACUGAAGGAGCUGAUAGCUAAACAAAACCAAUCCGGCGAAACUGCCCUUUAUGUUGCGUCCGAAUACGGUUAUGUCGAUUUGGUUAAGGAGAUGAUCAAGUAUUAUGAUCUUGUUCAUGCUGGGAUGAAGGCAAGAAAUGGGUUUGAUGCACUCCAUAUUGCUGCUAAACAAGGGGAUGUAGAUAUUUUGAAAAUGCUAUUAGUAGUCCAUCCGGAAUUGGCUAUGACGGUUGAUUUGUCGAACACCACGGCUUUGCACACGGCCGCGACUCAAGGCCAUAUCGAGAUCGUGAAGUUCUUAUUGGAGGCAGGUAGUAGCCUGGCUACAAUAGCAAGGAGCAAUGGCAAAACAGCUUUACAUUCUGCAGCGAGGAACGGUCGUUUGGAUGUCGUGAAGGCACUUUUGGAUACUGAACCCGGGAUUGCUCAAAGGACCGACAAGAAAGGACAGACCGCGCUUCACAUGGCGGUGAAGGGGCAGAAUCUUGUGGUGGUCGAGGUAUUGAUUAGCGUUAAUCCGUCGUUGAUGAUAAACAUGGUUGACACCAAGGGAAACACAUGCUUGCACAUAGCUACCAGGAAAGGAAGAGCUCAGAUUGUAAAGUUGCUACUUGGAUUUCAAGAAACAGAUACAACUGCUGUUAAUAAAAGUGGCGAAACCGCUUUCGACACCGCGGAGAAAACCGGGCACCUGGAGAUUGCAUCCAUGCUGCAACAGCACGGGGUUCAAAGUGCUCGAUCCAUCAAGCUGGCAGCGCCGAAUCCGGCACGAGAGUUAAAACAAACCGUGAGUGACAUAAAGCAUGAAGUGCAUUAUCAACUAGAACACACCCUCCAAACCCGAAAAGAAGUGCAUGGCAUAGCCAAAAGACUCAACAAAAUGCAUUACGAAGGUCUUAACAACGCAAUAAACUCCACCACUGUUGUCGCUGUCCUAAUUGCUACCGUUGCUUUCGCUGCCAUUUUCACCAUCCCUGGCCAAUAUGUCGACGACCCGAAUGACAUUCGGCCUGGUCAUUCACUCGGGGAAGCAAAUAUAGCACCGAAGCCUGCUUUUAUAAUCUUCUUCGUCUUCGAUUCCAUCGCCCUCUUCAUUUCUCUAGCUGUUGUGGUGGUUCAGACCUCGGUCGUAGUGAUUGAGAGCAAGGCAAAGAAGCAGAUGAUGACAAUUAUCAACAAGUUAAUGUGGUUGGCUUGUGCGCUUGUUUCGGUCGCAUUCUUAGCCUUAUCAUUUAUUGUGGUUGGCAAAGACCAAAGGUGGCUUGCAAUUGGAGUGACAGUUAUAGGAACUAGCAUAAUGGCCACUACUUUAGGCACUAUGUGUUAUUGGGUGAUUAGGCAUCGGAUCGAGGAUUCGAAAAUGAGAAGUAUACGAAGAUCAUCGCAGGCGAGCCGGUCACGAUCCUGGACUAUGUCUGUGAUGUCUGAUCCUGAGGUUCUAAACAAUGAAUUUAAGAAAAUGUACGCUAUUUAGCUAAGAUUCUUGCCUCAUCUUUUUUUGUAUUUCAAGGUGUCCGUAGUCUUUUUUUUUUCCCAUUCUCUGUAUUUAUGAAUGAGGUCUGAUGAAGGCUAUGGUUGAAUACAAUU